AUGGUGACCGCCGCCGGGGAUGAGACCGCCUCCAUCCAUGCGUGCCUCGCCAACGCCGGUACCCCCCGAAUCCGAGUGGUGGAACCAGAGGUGUGCGCGCCGAGCACGACGAAACAGGUGCUCCGCCGUGAGUGCAUCGGCCACGGUGGAGUUGGACGCGUCGACGAGUGGCACCAAGUUCGCUGGGCGGCGAGCAGAUCAUCGACGACGGGCGGCGUGAAGAAGCUACACCACUUCUCGAUUCGCUCGUCUGAUGCUGCGUCGUCGUCCCGGGAGUGGGGGAGCUGGGCGGAGUGCUCCGUCGACCGCAAGUGCCACGACUACCACCGCUGCCACAAGGUUCGCCGACUUAAUUCAAGCUAUCCUGGAGGUCUGGUAUCUUACAUCCAGAAUGCCAAAAAACUUCUUGCGGAUUCAAAGGAAGGCAAAAACCCAUAUGAUGGUUUCACCCCUUCUGUAAGUCUUUUUCAUCAAUUUCUCACUGGUGCUUCUGUUACUUUCUUUGGUCAGGUAGCACUUCCCCGGGAAACAACUACUGGAAAAUGUUUCCUUCAACUCUAUAUAGAGUCUAUCCUGGCUUUUCAAGAGGCCAGCUGCAAAAUGGUUGAUGAGGGGUGCCAAACAAAGAUUCCAUUUGUUAUUAUGACUUCUGAUGAUACAAAUGCGCUAACUAUCAAGCUUUUAGAGUCAAACUCCUACUUUGGAAUGGAACCAUCUCAAGUGAAAAUACUAAAGCAGGAAAAAGUAGCGUGUCUAGCUGACAAUGAUGCAAGGCUUGCAUUAGACCCAAGCGACAAGUACAAAAUUCAGACAAAGCCACAUGGGCAUGGAGAUGUUCAUUCUCUUCUUUAUUCAAGUGGCUUGCUUGAACAAUGGAAGACUGAAGGACGGAAGUGGGUUCUCUUUUUCCAGGAUACAAAUGGAUUGCUUUUCAAUGCAAUACCAUCAGCAUUAGGUGUCAGUGCCACCAAGGGUUACAAUGUAAAUUCUCUCGCUGUUCCUAGGAAAGCCAAGGAAACAAUUGGAGGAAUUACCAAACUUACUCAUGUCGAUGGUAGAACAAUGGUCAUCAACGUAGAGUACAAUCAGCUUGAUCCACUCCUUCGUGCAACUGGACAUCCUGAUGGAGAUUCAAAUUGCGAGACAGGCUAUUCUCCAUAUCCUGGAAAUAUAAACCAGUUGAUACUGGAGCUUGGACCAUAUAUUGAGGAGCUCAAGAAAACACAUGGCGCCAUUUCUGAAUUUGUAAAUCCCAAGUAUUUUUUCUAA